AUGCCUUUCAAUGAGCUCCAGCGCCGGGACUCCUGGCCUCCAACCAUUAUUCAUCUCCGCGAAAACGCAGACAUUGAUGCGAUCGAUGAAGACCCAUUCUCCUAUUUCCUCACAUCGCCAGACGAGAUCACAGAUGACGACAUCGAUGACUUCUCUGCCGGUAUCAUGUCCGAUGAUGAAGGAAAAUCUGAUGUCCGGGAGAUUUCCCCGUCGUCCUUACAGCGGGCGCCAUUAGAUGAUGAGGAGGAUAUUCUAUGUGGAUUUCCCAUGCCUCUUAGCUUGAAGGACUUUACAAAAGUGCAUGGAAAUGGAAGGGAAUCACGGGCUGCACACCGAAUGGAUCAACAGCUCAAAGGGCUCGGAAUCUCUAUUUCCGAUUUUACAACCAGCCGAGGUCGAGCAAAGGCACGGCCAACACCUCCACAAGGCCGCGGUCGAGGUCAGACACGAAGCUUGCCUUUAAGAAGACCCCACUCAUGGCGCGAACCUAGUCCUGACCUCAGGUCUAUAAAGGAGGAGGGUGAGGACGAAGAGGAAGCGAGGGAAGGUGGAAAGAUGCCCUCGAUGGUUCUCAGUCAGGCUGUGGAGAGUCCGAAGCCAAAGAAGAAGGUUCACUGGGCACUUUGA